UUUGAGGGCAGAGUGACGUUGGAGGCAAAGUUGAUGAAGUUGACGAGCUCUGCAUGGGUGCAGGAAGCAGCACCAAUGCAGUCAUUAAUGUAGCGUAGGAAUAGUGAAGGAGAGACAUUAGUGUAGGCUUGAAACAUAGACUGUUCUACGUAACCACAAAAAGGCAAGUAUAGCUGGGACCCAUGCGAGUGCCCAUGGCUACACCUUUUGUUUGAAGGAAGUGGGUGGAGCCAGAAGAGAAAUUAUUAAGAGUCAGGACCAGUUCCGCCAGGCAGAAGAGGUUGGAGGUGGAGGAGAACUAGUUGGGUCUAGUGUCCAGAAAGAAACUGAGAGCUUUAGGUCUUCCUGACGGGGAGUGGAAGUGUACAGGGAUUGGACAUAAACCCACCUGUAACAGAUCCUGUGGGAUGGGUUCCUGAGCAGACUGUCAAAACAACUCGAAGAUUAAAGAUAAACAUUAAAGAUUAGCUUUGUCAUAUGUAUAUUGAAACAUAAAACAUGCACUGAAAUCAUCAUUUACGUCAAAUCAAAUCAGCGAGGAUUGUGCUCAGAGCAGUCCUCAAGCAUUGUCAGCAUCCGGCCUCAACAUAGCAUCCCCAGAAAUGACUAAUCCUAACCGUACAUCUUUGGAAUGUGGGAGGAAAUCCACACAGUCAUGGGGAGAACGUACAAACUUCAUCAGACAGUGGCGGGAAUUGAACCCCGGUCGGUGAUCCCUGCUGCUGUAAAGACAUUGCCUGCCUCUCUGUAUUAGGAGUGAAGAUCUGGAAAAAGAUGUAAGGGUGCUUUUCUAGACUUGUUCUGAGCAGAUGUAGCUGAGUACCCUCUGGUCUGCAGACUGUUCCCAGGACACAUACCAAAACAAACAUCAAAUGUUACUGGAUGAUGAUCACCUUGGUGAAAGAUGCCCUUUUGUGUAAGACUAUUAAAAUACUUACAAUUUCAUGCACUUUAUUCAAUCCAAUAAUUUAUUGUCUUUCCUAACACAUUUUAUGUCACCUCACAAUACCGUACUCUGUCUAACUGAUGUUUUGUACAACUGCAACACGAUGUUCCAACCCUCAUCAGAAUUACAAUCGGACUUAAUAUCACUGGCAUAUCUUGUGAAAUUCAUUGUUUUGUGGCAGCAGUACAUUGCAAUACAUAAUAAGAAAAAUUGGGAGGGCAUGAUAGCGUAGUGGUGAGCACAAUGCUUUACAGUCCUAGCGACCCAGGUUCAAUUCCUGCCACCGUCUGUAAGGAGUUGGUACCUUCUCCCCAUGACCAUGUGGGUUUUCUCCAGGUAUUCCACUUUCCUGCCACAGUCCAAAAUGUCCAGGGUUAAGUCAGGGGCUGAUGGUUGGCACAGCUUGAAAGGCCAAAAGGGCCUAAUCUGCGCUGUAUCUCAACUUUAAAAAAUAAAUAAAACUAUAUAUUGCAAUAAGAAGUAUAGAUGAAAAAAUAAAUUAAGUAAGUAGUGCAAAAAGAGGAAAGUUGAUGAAGGCAAGGCAGUGGAUGUUCCCUACAUGGACUUUAGCAAGGCACUUGACAAGGUCCCACAUGGAAGGUUGGUCAAGAAGGUUCAGUUGCUUGGCAUUCAAGAUGAGGUAUUAAAUUAGAUUAGAUGUUAGCUAUGUGAGAAAAGCUGGAGAGUGGUAGUAGAUGGUUGCCGCUCUGACUGGGCAUCUGUGACUAGUGUAGUGCCACAGAGAUUGGUGCUGGGUCUGCUGUCCAUCUAUAUCAAUGAUCUGGAUGAAACGUUAACUGGAUCAGCAAAUUUGUGGAUGACACCAAGAUUGGAUGUGAGGAGGACUAUCAGAGUUUGCAGCGGAAUCUGGACCAGCUAGAAAAGUGACAGACGGAAUUUAAUGCAGAAAAGUGUGGUAUGUUUCACUUCAGUAGGACCAACCAGGUUAGGAGUGCUGUAGAACAAAGGAUCUCGAAUAAAGCUACGUAGUAAAUUAAAAGUGGCAUCAUAGGUAAAUAGGGUCGUAAAGAAAGCUUUUGGCACAUUGGCUUUCAUGAAUCCAAGUAUUGAGUACAGGAGAUGGGAUAUUAUAUUGAAGUUGUGUAAGAUGUUGGCGAUGCCUAAUUUGGAAUAUUGUGUACAGUUUUGGUCACCUACCUAUAGAAAACAUGUUAAUAAGUUUAAAGAGAACAGAGAAAAUGUACAAGGAUGUUGCUGGGACUGGAGGACCUGAGUUAUAAGGAAAGAUUGCAUCAGAAUCAGGUUUAUUAUCACCAGCAUGUGACAUGAAAUUUGUUAACUUAGCAGCAGCAGUUCAAUGCAAUACAUAAUUUAGAAGAGAAAAAAAAUAAAUAAAAUUUUAAAAAAUAAAUAAAUCAAUUACGUACAUUGAAUAGAUUUUAAAAAGUGCUAAAACAGAACUACUGUAUAUUUUUUACAAAAGUGAGGUAGUGUCGAAAGAUUCAAUGUCCAUUUAGGAAUCUGAUGGCAGAGGGGAAAAAGCUGUUCCUGAAUCGCUGAGUGUGUGCCUUCAGGCUUCUGGACCUCCUACCCGAUGGUAACAGUGAGAAAAGGGCAUACCCUGGGUGCUGCAGGUACUUAAUAAUGUAUGCUGCCUUUCUGAGAAACUGCUCCCUAAAGAUGUCCUGGGUACUUUGUAAGCUAGUAACCAAGAUGGAGCUGACUAGAUUUACAACCUUCUGCAGCUUCUUUCAGUCCUGUGCAGCAGCCCCUCCAUACCAGACAGUGAUGCAGCCUGUCAGACUGCUCUCCACGGUACAACUAUAGAAGUUUUUGAGUGUAUUUGUUAACAUGCCAAAUCUCUUCAAACUCCUAAUAAAGUACAGUCGCUGUCAUGCCCUCUUUAUAACUACAUUGAUAUGUUGGGACCAGGUUAGAUCCUCAGAAAUCUUGACAACCAGGAACUUGAACCUGCUAACUCUCUCCACUUCUGAUCCCUCUUUGAGGAUUGGUAUGUAAUUCUUCUUCUUACCCUUCCUGAAGUCCACAAUCAGCUCUUUCGUCUUACUGACGUUGAGUGCCAGGUUGUUGCUGUGGCACCACUCCACUAGUUGGCAUAUCUCACUUGAGAUUCUGCCAACACUGGCUGUAUUGUCAGCAAAUUUGUAGAUGGUAUUUGAGCUAUGCCUAGCCACAUAGUCAUGUGUAAAUAGAGAGUAGAGCAGUGGGCAAAGCACACUUCUUAGGCACUGGUAUAACUGUUGCCUUUUUGAAGUAAGUGGGAACUUUUGCCCGUAGCAGUGAGAGGUUGAAAAUGUCCUUGAAUACUCCCGCUAGUUGGUUGGCACAGGUUUUCAGAGCCUUACCAGGAACUCCAUUGGGACCUUCUGCCUUGCAAGGGUUCACUUUCUUUAAAGACAGCGUAACGUCGGCCUCUGAGACAGAGAUCACAGGGUCAUCAGGUGCAGCAGGGAUCUUCACGCCGUAGUUGUGUUCUCCCUUUCAAAGCGUGCAUAGAAGGUAUUGAGUUCACCUGGUAGUGAAGCAUUGCUGCCAUUCAUGCUGUUGGAUUUCGCUUUGUUGGAAGUAAUGUCUUGAAGACCUUGCCGUGCAUCCAAUAUCGCCUCGAAUCUCAUUCAAAAUUGUCUCUUGAAUAGGUUAGGACUUUAUUCCUCAGAAGAUAGAAGAUUGAAAAGAAGUUUGAUAGACGUAUACAAAAUUAUGAAGGGUAUAUGUAGGCAGGCUUUUUACACUAAAGUUGUGUGGGACUACAACUAAAGCUCAUGGGUUAAGAGUGAAAGGUGAAAAGCUUAAGGGAAUGAAGGGAAACUUCUUCACUUGGAGGGUUGUGAGAAUGUGGAAUAAGCUGCCAGCAUAAGUGACGUUUGUGAGCUCAAUUUCAACAUUUAAGAGAAGUUUGGAUAGGUACAUGGAUAGUACUAGUAUGGAGAGAUGUGGUCCCAGUGCAGGUUGAUGGGAGUAUGCAGCUUAAAUGGUUUGACACAGAAUAGAUGGCCAAGGGCCUGUUUCUGUACUGUAUUUUUCUAUGACUCUAAUAUUGUUCAUUGGUUGAUGGACCAUCCAAAAAUUGGAUAGCGGAGGGGAGAAAUCAGUUCCUGAAUCAGAUAAUGGGGGUCUUCAGGCUUCUCUACUGCCUCCCUGACAGUAGUAACAAUAAGAGGGCAUAUUCUGUUUGCAGAACAUUGUAAGUCCUUGGAACUCUCUUCAUCAAAAGGCAGUGGAACCAAAGUUUGAAUAUUUUAAGGAGAUUGAUACUUGAUAACCUGGAGGGGUGGGGAGAUUCAUGAAAAGUAGGGGAUGUGGAAAUGAGGAAACAAUCAAAUGCUCAGCUAUGAUCUUUUUAAACAACAUAGCGAAGUUAAGGAGAUGAGUGGCCUAUUGUCCUCCUAAUUCAUAUGUUCAUGUGAAAAUUAUUGAUUUGGAAUGUUAACUAUGCUUCCCUUUCCAAAAUCGUCACUUGAUCUGCUAAAUAUUUCCAGCAUUUCAGAUUUCUAACAAUCACAGUAAUCCUUUGGUCAUGCAAUACUUGAAUUGCUUUUUCAAAGUAGCAGCAGAAUCUCGCGGGGCUGAAAGGUUACUUUCUAUACGUUUCGUAUUGCAUCUUAUCACACGUCACCUGUCGCAGUUUGGCAAAACCUGACGAAAAUUCUUCGAUCUGAAACGUUUCCUUUUUCUGCAGAAGCCGUCUGACCUGCUGAGUGUUCCUAGCAUGUUUCAGACUUACACCAUCUGCAGUUUUCAUUUUCCUUGUAAUUCCUCGAAGCAGCUCCACGGGAGAUUAUUACCACUCUUGCUUAUAAAUGUCAUGACAUUUAUUAACGUCAGCCUUGCCACUUGAUAUUUGUAGGACUCCCCUCCUCCCUGCUUGUUGUUGUGCAGACCUGGAGGAUUUUGCCCUCUGCUCAUCUGGACGAUGGCCAAAUAAACCCACUUUGCACACAGUGCUUCCACGUUCGGCGCAGGCCGGUGCCGGGCAGGGCCGAGCAGGGCCGAGCGAGGCGGAAAGCCCUCACACUUCCAGCCGCCGGCAAGCCGAGAUCUGAACCAAUGGCUCUGGGAUCGCCAACAUCUCCUAAGCCCGGUGGAGGGGCCCAGUUUCUACCUAGUUUCUUGAUGGGAGAUUUACCAUCUCCAGUCACUCCUCAAGCACGUAACUUUGGCGGCACCUUAGCUAGUUUAACGGAUAUACGGACUCCAUUUGGAGGGGGUACACCUCCCCAACCAGUUGUACCCACUCCUAAAGAUAAGUGUGGAGCGCCACCAGUCCGAAGUCUCUAUGACGAUUUAGGAACUUCAAGAGCCGGGCUGACACCCUUAAAUUCACGUCAGCUGGGAAAUGUUUCAAGCCUUCAAAGUCCUUUGUGUGGGAGUAAUUUAUCAACACCUGGAUCAGGUGGUAAUGUAUUUACUCCAACCACGAUUGGCCAGCACAGGAAGUCCACACUUUCUCCUGCACAAGCAGACCCUUUCUAUACUCAAGGAGAAUCUCUGACUUCAGAUGAUCAUUUAGAUGAAACUUGGAUCACAGUUUUUGGGUUUCCUCCAGCAUCUGCUUCAUACAUCCUCCUACAAUUUGCACAAUAUGGACAUAUCUUAAAGCAUGUGAUGUCAAACAAUGGAAAUUGGAUGCACAUUCAAUAUCAGUCUAAAUUGCAGGCCAGAAAAGCAUUAAGUAAAGAUGGGAAGAUUUUUGGCGAAUCCAUCAUGGUUGGAGUUAAGCCAUGCAUUGAUAAGAAUGUUAUGGAGACUAAUGAUCGAACUGGUGGAUCUGUCUACUCUGUCUUCACUCCUCCUAUCAACACUAUGGGUAUAGCUGCCCAGUCACCAAGUACGCCCAAAACUACUGCAAUGAGGCCUUUGGCUGCAGCAUACAAAGCUUCUAGUAGUGACUAUCAGGUGGUGUCAGACAGGCAGACACCUAGAAAAGAUGAAAGUCUUGUUUCCAAAGCCAUGGAGUACAUGUUUGGUUGGUAGUUCUACUAAAUUAAAAAGCCUCGAAAAGAGAUCCCUUUCAAGUUUAAUGGACUUCUGCUGAUCAACUCUUUAUUUAUGUGCUAUUAUGGACACCACUUUAUUAAGAAGGAAAUCCCAGCACUAAUACAGUAUGGUUAGUUGUAUGACCGCUGUUAUUAGUACAAGGACAUUCAUGUCUUGUUUCUGACCAGACACCCUGUAAAUAGUUUGCACUUUAGAGUUUGACCAUGUACGAGUUUGUAAGAACUGUGAUUAAGUGGAGGUUUGCCAGAUAAAAUCUGCAUUGUGUACAAAAUGUCCAGUUAUUGCCUUUUUAAUUUUUUGGUGCAUGCAUAAGAAAAUCUUGACUGGGGUUGGUGGUAUAGUUUUCUGAUCAUGUACGUUAUUUCUUUGAAUUGAAAUGUCCCAGAGUUUACCAGCUGUAAUUUUAUAAUCUACCUUCUCAAGUAAAUGCACUUGAUCUUUCUACAUGCUGGAAAAAUCCAAGACCAUGACAUUGAAUUUGCCUUCUUUUAUAUUGAACUGACAAUGUUAUGUUAUCACACAAAAUGAUGAUAAUUUGAUUUAUAUUUGACUAGUGAAUGCCAAAAAAUUUCAGAUUUUAAUUAUUACUACAUAUUCCUCAGUGUUGCUAGUAUUUUUUUGGGUAUUCAUUGUUUUGUAAACCUUUUUUAGAAGACAUAUUUUUCAAAAAGUCAAAUUGUUGAAUGAUAUACCUGGAUUCUCAAACAGUUAAUAAAAUUUAUGGAUGAGACCAUUUUGAUUUAGUAGAUUUUAUAAAUUGUGUAUAUUUAUAAAAUGGUUAAUUCUGUAUAUUUAAAAAUCUUGGAAAGCAUUGUCCAGCUGCAGUCAACAAACUAAAAUAACACACAUCUAAAAUGGUGUCUUGGAAAUGUAAUACAGUUUUCAAAUAAAAGUUGGAUACUUUAAGUCGUCAGUGGCAUGAAGUCAUGUUUCAUUGUUCAUUAAGUAGGACCAAUUUAAUUUCAGCGUUUCACUGAAAACAUUUAGCCACAAAGAGAUUUACCUAGUACCAAAUCUUUGCCGAAGGAACGACAGCGUGCAUG